AAUGAGUGUAUGCUUCUCUGCAGAGUGGCGCAGCAACGAUGUCGUGCAUUCGCAGAACGUUCGCUACCACUGACUGAGGAUGGCGGCUCUAAUUACGGCGCUAGUUCUCUGCCUUGGUGUGCUCUUCGCCGGAAGCAAUUUCAGCGACGCCCAAACAACGAUCGGUGCGACAGUCGUGUUGGACCCACAGGAUGUGACCGUAAUCGUGGGCGAACGGAGUGAAAUUUUCGCCAAAGUGCGUGGUCCACUAGCUCAAGAUGUCCGGCUAAACUUUUCCUCCGAACACGUAAACUACCUGCAAGUGGAUCCGACCAGUGUGGAAAUAAAGGCGCCCUCCUUGGGUGGUGGCUACGUCGACAGUAGCUACGAGAUCACGCUCCUCGGUGUGUCACCCGGACAGUUCGACCUAACGGCCGCCGUUGUACCGACCGGCUUCAUCGACGAUGCGGCCGCGUUCAUACGUGUAACCGUCGCCAACUCACAAACCAUCAUUGUCGUCUCCAAUGUGAUCGGAUGGAUCUAUUUUGCCGCCUGGACGGUAUCCUUUUGGCCACAGAUGAUCAUCAACUACCGACGACAGAGUGUGGUCGGACUUUCAUUCGACUUUCUCACGCUGAAUCUCGUCGGACACUCGGUGUACGCCGCGUUCAACUGUGCGCUUUUCUGGAGCGGUUACAUCGAACAGGAGUAUCUCGAUCGAAACCCGCGUGGCCUUAACCCGGUGCUGUCAAACGAUGUAGCAUUUUCGAUACAUGCCACACUUGCUACGCUGCUGACGGUGGCCCAGUGUUUCAUCUAUGAGCGUGGGGAGCAAAAAGUGUCCCGCAUUGCCUGGGCUAUCAUCGGAGUUUUCGUCAUCGUCAUCGUAACCGCCGGCAUUCUGGUCGGCACCGAAACGUUCCACUGGCUCGACUUCUUGUAUGUGCUGAGCUACAUCAAGCUCUCGGUGACGUUGAUCAAGUACGUACCGCAGGCGGUGCUAAACUUCCGGCGGAAGAGCACCGUUGGAUGGAGCAUUGAAAACGUUCUGCUGGAUUUUACCGGUGGAAUGCUGAGCAUGUUGCAGAUGCUUCUGAACGGCUACAACUAUGACGAUUGGGCAUCAAUCUUUGGCGAUCCGACCAAGUUCGGGCUCGGUUUGUUCUCGGUGCUGUUCGACAUUCUUUUCAUCGUUCAACAUUACGUUCUGUACAGGUAUGAGAGAAGAACACCCUGGGAUGUGGUGCACGAUUGCCCGUCCCGCUAA